AUGAGCUUUGCGCAGAAGGUGGGCUCUGCUAGAUCUGGAUUUGAGAUUUUGGCUUUCACGACGCGGACGAAUAGAAAAGGCAUCUGGUCCACUAGGUCGAAGGCGGUCCUCCGAUCUGCAGCGCCGCCAGUGAUUUUACGGAAGAUCUGGGAUUCGAUUUCGGCGGUGGAUUUUGAGCUUUCGGUAACUAUUGAUUUUUUGGGAAUUGGUGCGGCUGUUUGUUGGGAGAUCGGUGGGUGCUCCGAUUCCGUGGGCGCCGCCGGCUUUGGGGACGGUGGCACUGGCGGAGCCGUCGUCUCCGGCGGUUUCUCCUCUUCUUUGGACUCCUCCUGCGCGGAUUUUGGCUCUGCUUCCUUUUUCUCAUUCUCCUUGGCUUCAGGGUCUGACUUCUUCUCCUCCACCUUCUCCUCCUCCGGCGGCUUCUCCUCUGAUGCCGGCGGCGUAGGAGCGUCGUUCUUCUCCGGAGCCGGCGCCGGCGGGGGCUCCUCGUCGUCCGAUCUCGCCCUUGAUCUGAGAGAAAACGCUCCUUUUCUCGAGCGGGUAGUAGACCAGCGGCACGUCGUCGCCGGAUUUCACGAAGGUGCUCCCCGAGAUCUUGACCUUCCCGAGAAAGGUGCUGCGUUUUCCGGUCUUCUUGUCGUUGUAGAGGUUGAGCUCCAGCAUCUCGUCGGCCAUGGCGGCGGAGUCGAGGACGGAGAACUCGAGCUUCUCGUCCCACUGAGGGUUGAGAUCCCGGAGGAUGGUCCUGGUCCGGCGGCGCUGGCCGUCGAAGUCGACGAUGGCGUAGGCGCUGGCCGUACCCUGGCCGUCCUUGGGCAUCAGGUUCUUGGCAUUGCAAACCUCCACGGUCAGUUUUCGACUGCAGGUUUCCGCCAUUGCCGGGCUACAGGCUAG